UGUACCUUGUGAAUAAUUUAAAAAAAAUUAUAUUCGCUUAUGCAUGGUGAAAAACAGAACUGUAUAGUUCUUGGCAACGAACGGCACAAAAACUGUUUUUCCGAAACGAUAGAUUUUCUCUUUGCGGAACUCUAUAUACACAUAGACUCUGGGAUAUAUUACUGAGUUUCGAAGCUUGUUCAUACAAAUAUUCAAUUUACAAUACAUCGUCAUCAUGUAUAUGAGCAUGACGAACACAUUUUGUGUUGAAACUAUAAUUGCACGUGCAUCACAAAAUUUAUACUGAUUGCAACACACAUUCUGUACGAAAAGUAACACACAUGAGUUUGUUUACUUUGCACACUUGGAGCCUCGAGUUGACGGUUCAUUUAGAGUUUUCGACCUCACUCUUUGCGUAUCUGUUUAUUACACCGCAUAAAUGGCAACCCUGCUGACGACAUAAACAAAGGAGUGACAAAACGCAAAAAUCAAAAAAGUUUGUAAAAUAGUGGUGUUGAUGACGAAAAAAAUUGCCAGUUAUUCAUCAUAAAAUCAAUUUAUUCACUACGCAAAAUGUUUUGAAUUGGAAAAUCUGUUCUGAAGCUUCCAACUGUGCACAAACCGUCUACCAUUUGGAUAAGCAAGCAUUUGUCAUUCAAAAUCGUGACUUAUCAAAAAAAGCAUUUACAACUAAUUUAAAUUUUUUUAUCAUCACCAAUACUGUUGCAUCAGGAUGGGUGGUUCUGCAAAAACAGACCCUAAAGGUUGUAUCUUCUCGCUGUUAUACUCACUAGGAUCCUUUGGUUUAGCGUGCGGCAGUUUAUGGGAGUUAAAGCCAUCUGAUCGUAUAACUGUGCAAAAAGGGGCAUUGCUUAUCAGUUUAGGAUUUGUGUACUUCAUUGCAUUAACUGAGUUUCUAAAUAAACUUAUUUUGCGGACAAGCGUUGGACUCAACUUUGUCAAGAGAUAUCGAUUGAGGAUUUCUGAUGUGCUUGAUAUUACUAACAAAAUCGUUUCAGCAGUCCAGGCGAUGUUUUCCUGUGUUGCAGGUUUCUUCGUCUGUCGAUGGUCCUGUCCGCGAAAUUUUUUGCAUGCUUCUCAUUUUUUGUCCGAAUCUUAUGCAUGGUUUGCAGCCUCUUAUUUCUUUUACGAUAUUUGGUCUAUGUACAAGGUGUAUGCAGCAGAAGCCUCUAAUAAGCUGAAGGCUACGCUUGGCCUAAUUGUCACAAAUAGUAACGGCACUGUAGCGGCGGCAGCAGCAGUAGCGAAUGUUGAAAAACCAAAUAAUUCAGAUAUGUUAUCCUUCAACUCUGAUGAGAGAUUAGCUGUACAAGCCUUAGAAGACAUUCCAAGCAUUAGCAAUGGCACUCUCAGUAUUUUACUAUCUAGUAAAUUGGGAACACCGAGCUUUGCACGGUAUAUAUUUACUCACAAACUGAUGGUUUUUCAUCAUCUUUUUAUCGGUUCAUAUGGAUUGGCUGUAAUUGCGUUUCUUCGCGGUGGACUAGGAGACUGCGUUUUCAGUUUUAUGUAUAUGAUGGAACUCUCAACACCGUUUGUGUCAUUCCGUAGUAUCUUAAGCGUGAUGGGAUUGAAAGAAAGUAAAGUAUAUGUAGUUAAUGGGCUGGUAAUGUUGAUCACAUUUUUCUGGUGUCGAGUUUUUUUGAUGCCGUACGUCUGCUACUAUUACAGCCAAGUUAUCAGUCUACCCUUCUUCGAAGCGUUAUGGCGUCUCCCGCGUGGAUGUAAAAUAAGCAUUCUGGCCCUAUUUUUACCUCAAUUAUAUUGGUUUCGCUUGAUGAUUAGAGGAGCGAUCAAGGUUUUUACUUCCAACAAAAAAAAGCUAAACACUGAUGCCAACUGUAAUGGAACAGCCAACGGGCUCAAAUCCUCCCAAUCAAAAGAUAAUGAGAUAAGAUCGCUUAUGUAAGAACGAACACUGAAAUGAUGUGAAUGUUUUGUUUUGCUGGCUUUGUUUAACAACCAGGUUCAUAACACGAUUUCGAGGUGCACAUCUAAAUUUCUAAAACCGCCUAAUUUAGAAAAAAAAAAAACAAACAGAAUUACCUUGUAUACUUUAUUAAUUAUUAUCGCAUAUUUUAAAAUCAUUCUUUCGCACUCGCUAGUCAUAGAUGUAGAUGUGUAGGAUAUGCGUAAAUGAACGUUCCAAAGUAUGUUACGAUUGAAAAUCUUGAAAUGAAAUUGUUGAUGUAAGAACCGAUUUCAUGUUUACUAAUGAAGUCGCUAGCUUCCAAGGCGAUUUUUGAAUAACACAAUAUUGGUUAGCACUAACAAAAAAUAUAGUUACAUAAAUUCUUACGGUACUAAUGCAAUGCAACAGGUGAUAAAUUUCGUUAGUUGUAAUAUAAAGUACAUACGAGCGAUUGUUUUUACUGGACACCUCUCCAGCAACAUGUUAGCUGUCAAAAACCAUAAAUGCAGUGUUGAUGAAAAUCUGUAAAAAUUGUGCACACUCAUUCCUCUUGCUCUGUGAGUCUCUGACUUUAGUUUGCCAAAGGGCAAAUGGAUAUUGAAUUAUCCCGGGUAUUUGUUUUGUCUUUUCUUCUCGCAAAUUCAAGCGCGUUUUGCAAUCGUAUCUAGAUUGAGAGGAAUUAGUGUGCCGAACAGAGAAUUUAAAACUUGUUUUCGAUUCGAAAGUGUGAAUAUCAAUGUAAAAGAGCUUUCAUUUUUUAACAAAUAUACACGUAUACAACAUAUUUGGAUAUAUUUUUAAUUGUAAGUGUAGUGUAUCAAAAACUAUAUGUAAUGAUAUAAAGAAUGCAUUGUUUGUUACGAGUACGACAACAGGCAUUAUAUGUAAAAGUAGAAACAAUCCAAAACCAUUACACAGCCGUUGAACAAAACCCUUAUUGCUAUAAAAUGUAAUCAAAGCCAAAAGACUAGAUUUAUUUGUUAAGUAAUUGGGAACAGCACCACAACCUACUGUUAUAAAGAUAGAAAAAUAUGUUCCCUGAAAAUAUACAGCUCAUAUGCGUUAACUAUAAAACGGUACCCAAUGUUCAAUGUAUAUUCAGUGAAGUAAUGAUGUUAAUUGGCGAAACGUAAAAUAAUAAAUCAGGAGACUACGCUGUUUUGAAAUUUAUAAUACGUAUGACAUUACGCUAUACUGAUAUCAAUAAUAACUAGGCGUGGAAAAUCAAACUUUUCCGAUGUUUUAUGUAAUGAAUAAUCGGCAACAAUACAGGCUUUUAUAUAGGUAACACGA